AGCCCCAGGCAACCCCGGUACACUCCUGCUGUCACUUGCGGUACCAUACAGAGCACUUUUCCUCUAUCCACGGCGGCACUCCUGUAUCCGCUCGUCAGGGCUCUUACAGUCUCACCACCGUAGCAUUUACUACCGGCACAUCCUAGCAACAAAAAUAACCUUCAUAACCUACGAGUGGCACCGAAGUGUUCUUUUUUCCUCGUGCGCUCGGUUUGCUUGGUUUGCGCAGCUUGCUGGGUGCCGCCACUCGACGCAUCAGCCUAUCAUUGGAAGCAUCAUAACCUACGGUAUUGUCUCUAACUUCAGGAACGCAGACACCCCAGACACUCCAGACACCCCCAACCCUGCGCUAGCACAGUUCGGUGCUUGAUCCGCGCCAUAAAGAUCGGGCUCCGCCCCACGGAAAGCCUCUCAGCACGAUACUCUUCCCGCAGUCUACAUACACCCCAUAUUUACCUUAUCGUAUCCUCGGUACUAAUAUAGUCAGGCCUUCAUCUCCUCAACUCUUCCUGACGUCUAACCGCAUAAUCCUAAGGCACCUCGCCUCUUUUUUUCUCUUGUCCCGGUUCCACGACUUUAUAACCCAGCCCUAUCGUCUUACCCGAGCCUCAUUCUUAAAUCCUUCCCAUCCUCCUCAACUUUUGCGAACUCUGCACACUUCGUGAGUUAGCAUCGGAAACGUCUUUGGGCUUACAAAGGAUAUUGGAGGCAGCUUGGGCGUUCACAUUCCUUAUUUAACUAACCACUUUCACAUCUCAAAAAUGGCUUCAUUCGAACCAUCGUUCUAUACACAACCCCAAGCAAUCUACCAACCAACCCCUACAUCCUCACAUCAGGCCGAUGAGUUUUCACCUCUGGUUAGCACCAUCCUACCGCCCCUCGAGAUGCCGAUCUAACCGUUUCGUAGUCAUUCACAAGCUACCCUACAUUCGACUUUUUCGAACCGCAAAGCCAUCACAUUCCGCCUUCGAUAAGAGGCCAGACUCCUGUUGACCCAGAGACACAGAGAAAUGGGAGGAGCAGCAGCGAAGAAAAGGAGUUGACACCGGGACAGCGGGUAAGCCAGACCGCUGAUGACUCCAAUGCUUCAAUGGAUGGUACCCUGACCGCGACACAGAGACGGAAAGAACAAAAUCGAGCAGCGUAAGGACCACCAUGAGUGGGAGUGACAUGACUCGAUGUCACUUGCCCUCUUUUUUACCUGCCGCAACCAAGACUAAAAUUCGAUUUUGUAGGCAACGUGCAUUUCGGGAGCGCAAGGAACGACACGUCAAGGAACUAGAACACAGGCUUAAGACAUUGGAGCAGCAUGCAUCGGAAACGGCAUCGCAAAACGAGAUGCUAAAGCAGGAGCUCCAAAAGACCAAACUUGAGAACAGACUUCUGCAAGAGAAUAGCCUGCGGGGCAACUCGCCGCCGGCAAUGACCGAAGUGGCAAACAUGAACUUCAAGCCGACGGACCACCACAAUAUCGCCAACCCCCCUCCGGCCUUCACAUCCCCGAUAUUCGGGGAGCACCCAAACAAAGGCCCCCUGCACAGGAUCUCGACGAGCCCGAAGACGGGCGAGCGACUCUUGGGUGCUGGGGCCGCCUGGGACUUGAUCGUCUGCCAUCCGCUGUACGAGAAAGGUCUUGUAGACAUCGGGGACAUCUCCGACAGGCUGAAGGGGCUCGCCCGGUGUGAUGGGCAGGGGCCAGUCUUCGAGGAAAGCGUCAUCCUCGAGGCCAUUAACGCCUCGUCAGGCAGCGGUCGGGAUGAGCUUCUGGUGGAAUCUUCACCUGGGAUGUCUUACUAAUUAAUAAAUUCGAAAAAGUCAAAAGGGAAAGAGAGGAACCCGAUUUCCUUUUUUUUUUUUCACCGGUUUCUCCCCUUGUGAUUUUCACUCGGCUCUUUUUCCUGAUUCCGUCCCAUUCUAUUUCCCUUUUCCUUUUUUUUUUCUUUCACUUUUCUCCUUGUCUCCCUCCCGCUCUAACUUGGACCUGGACAAAAGCUUUUUUCUCCUCUCCUUUUCCUUCUAUUGUUCUAUUCUAUUCUAUGCAUUCCUUUAUUUUUCGCAAAAAAUUCUGGAGAAGUGGCGCAAUCUGGGGACACGGCGAAAUUGGCGUGGAUUGUCCAGGAUGGGAGGAGAGGGGAGUGGAAUGCGAAGGGGAAGGGGAAAGGGACUACACAAUUAAAAACGAGGAGAAAAAACAAUUCAAACCAAAAAAUUUCCAAUCUCAAAAAUCGAGAUCCAAAGACUUCACAAGAGCAGCCCACACUACCGUAUGCAUCGAGGGAGCCAACCGGCCACACAAAACGGACGGUCGUGCAGUGCGGUGCCGUCCGAGUCCCACACUGCUACGUGCGUACCGUACUCUAAUCGUACUGUACGAAUACAGCACUGCAGCUUCCCGAAUUCCUGUUGCGAUUUUGAUUUUCGAUUUUUCCCUCUCUUGUGGCAAUUAAAGGAAGGAGACGGCUAAUUUGGAAUCUUUGCCUUUUUUUCCUUUUUUUCCUUCCCCCCUCCCAACCUUUCCAACAUCUGUUUGUGAUUUGCUGCUCCGCACCAUUUGCACUUGCACUUGAGUUUUUGUUUUGGCGGCGGUGGGGUGAAGUUGGGGUGGGAACGGGGGGGGGGUGGCAUGGGCCGAUAGGAAGCAUGGCGCAACAGCAGCAAGUGGGGGAAGGAGGGAAAAUCGCGGAGAGCAGCCUUUCUCUGUUUUCUUCUAUUUAUCAUAGAUAUUUUUUCUGUCACCCUCAAGUCAAGUUUACAUCUUCUUAUCGGGGUCUUUUUUUUCUCCGCCCAUUAUUCUUUUUCGAACCUUACCCCCUGGCUCGAGGUCAAGCUUGAGCUUUCUUCUACCGUCAUACCAUACCCUAGAUGUUGUCAUAGUGCCCACACCUCUACUUGUACUUGGCCCUUCCUGUAUCAUACAAUCAUUCGCCCCCAGCUCAGUUUCAAUCCGAACAUGAUGAUACCAACC